AUCCGGCAGACCUUCACACCAAAACAGCACACACAAGGCAUAAGCAGUGAGUGAGUCAGUGCAUCCACCUUCGAUCAGCUAUAUUCUGCAUCGAUCUGGUCAUGGCAGCAGCAAUGCUCCCGAGGCUCGUUGCCGUGGCGGCACUGGUCGCGCUGAUGUGCGCCGUCGCUGUGGCCCAGGCACCUGCCGCCGGCGGUGCGCCGGUGUGUGAGGGCGUCGAUCAGAACGUCGUGAAUGCAUGCUUCAAAAGCUUCGGAGAAGGUAUGAAAAUUGCCAUUGCCGACAGGAAGCUUUCAGAAGGAAAUGUCAUCAAGGUUAAAAUAGACUGCUGCGUAGCCUUUGGAGGCCACUCGUGCCUCUGCAAGAUGAAGAAGGUGUGGAAGGCUCAGAGCAAAAGUGCCCAGGAUAAUGUGCAAUGCGUCAGGGAGAAGGCCUGCUAGUGAGCGUGCGUGCGCGGGAGGUCUCUUCAGACCUCUAGCUAGUUCCUUGGAUAUGUGUGUUUCUUGCAUGUUUGUUUCAAGCGGUCGAUGUCCACCUGCUCCUUGCUUGCUUUUAUUUGCUUGUGUGUGUCAUGUGAGUGUGUUCUGUCGGUCAGUUGAGUCUUUUUAGUUUAUAUUAAUCAGAAUCAAAUGUGAAUGGAAUUUCUUGUUUCA